UGUUCCUUACCUCAAAGCCAGUCUGUUCUCUUAACACUUCAACGUCCCCACCAAACACCAUCUCCACCGUCCGAUCCAUCUCUCUAAAACUUCACAUUACUCAUUCCUCACUCUUCUCUUUCAUUUCAUUCAUCUAACCUGAUUCCACUUUCACAAACACAAAGAUGGCGAAACUAAACGCUGUCGUUUUGUUAUUCGCAUUCUUCAUUCUUCUCACAACAACGGUUAACGGUGAUGAAUCAUCAAACACAAAGGUACAAGUGAAAUACAAGCAUGGAAAAAAGUACUGUGAUAAAGGAUGGGAAUGUAAAGGAUGGUCAAUAUAUUGUUGUAAUUUAACAAUAACUGAUUAUUUUCAAACCUAUCAAUUUGAGAAUCUGUUUUCAAAAAGGAAUACUCCAAUUGCUCAUGCUGUUGGGUUUUGGGAUUAUCAUUCUUUUAUUAAUGCAGCUUCUCUUUUUGAGCCUUUGGGUUUUGGUACUACUGGUAAUAAGACUACACAGAUGAUGGAGAUUGCCGCUUUUCUCGGACACGUUGGAAGCAAAACCUCUUGUGGAUACGGAGUGGCAACCGGAGGACCUUUGGCCUGGGGUCUAUGUUACAAUCAUGAAAUGAGUCCUGCCCAGACAUAUUGUGAUGACUAUUACAAAUUAACAUACCCCUGCACUCCUGGAGCUGAAUACUACGGACGUGGAGCCAUUCCUAUCUACUGGAACUACAAUUAUGGAGCUGCUGGAGAAGCUCUGAAAGUGAAUCUACUUGACCACCCAGAGUACAUAGAGCAGAAUGCAACCCUAGCUUUCCAAGCUGCAAUUUGGAAAUGGAUGACGCCGAUCAAAAAGUCACAACCCUCUGCUCAUGAUGCCUUUGUUGGCAACUGGAAGCCUACCAAGAACGACACCAUGGAGAAUCGGGUUCCUGGUUUCGGUGCUACAAUGAACAUCCUCUACGGAGAAGGUGUUUGUGGACAGGGUGAUGUUGACUCAAUGAACAAUAUUGUUUCCCAUUACCUAUAUUAUCUCGACCUUCUUGGUGUCGGUCGUGAACGAGCUGGGACCCAUGAUGUCCUUACAUGUGCUGAGCAGCGUCCUUUCAACCCAAACACCAAACUUGCAGCAUCUUAAAUUAGAUCAUGUCUACCCGCAUAUGAUAUUGUUGUGCCUAUACCUUUGAAAAUGGUAAGCUAAUAAGGGUUCUUAAAAUUAUUGGCAAUGCAGUAAUUUUGAGCUGUGUGGCAGUGUGUGAAUUCUUUAUAGUUUUUUAUUGUUGUUGUGUAGAAGUAAAGUAAUUUGUAAUAUCAUCAUACUUUAUAUGAAAUCUGUAUCUGGUAUAUAAUUACGUUAUGAACGUUUUUUGAUAUUAUAUACAUUCCUUGGUUGAAGUUCUUUUAAUGUAAAUUUGAAGUUGUUUGUUUCAAACAAA